AUGCCGCCCUCCUGGAAUCGCCCGUCGGCCCCUGGGGACCCCAAGGCCCUUGUCAGGAUCCUCCAUCACCUGGAAGAGCCCGUCGCCUUCAUCGGGGCCUUGAGGACGGAGCCCUCGGCUGAGGGCCCAGAGGACGCGGACUUGGACUGCCUGGUGGCGCUCGGUCACCACGGCCGGACCCUGGCCAUCAAGGCCAGCUGGGACGAGGCAGGGAGUCUGGUGCCAGAGCUGCGCGAGUACUGCCUGCCGGGGCCCGUGCUCUGCGCAGCCUGCAGCGGGGACAGCCACGUCUACCACAGCACCCCCUCCGGCCUCUGCGUGUGCCGCUUGGACCUGAGCCCUGAGCCCCCUCGGCCCACCCGGGUGACCGCGGCGGACACGGGCCGGAAAAUCAAGGACCUGCUCUGUGGGAUCGGCACCGUCUCUGAGAGAGUGUCCUCCCUGAAGAAGGCCGUGGACCAGCGCAACAGGGCCCUGACGUGCCUGAACGAGGCCAUGAACGUGAGCUGUGCCCUGCUGGCCAGCCGGGAGGGUGCCCGGCCCGUCUCCUGCACCACGACCACCCUGGAGCCGCGCCGGGAGACCCGCCUGGCCAGGAGGUGA